AUGGACUACGCUGAAGAUUCUGGAGCUUUGAUCAAUGGAACCUUUGAAAUUGACUUUCUUCAAUUUUUUCACUCACAUGGAUAUAAUUGUCAAAAACACUUUAAUUUAUGUAUUAUGGAUCCUGAUACUGUUAUUUAUGCAUCAGGAUGCUUGAUCCAUAUUUUGGAUACUAAAUCUGGGAGGUUAAAAUUUAGAAGACAUCAAGGAGUCAGCCAUAUUGCUAAAAAUCCAAAAAAACCUCACAUAGCUAUCGCAGAAUCCGGCUCCAGCCCUCCAAUUUUAAUCUUCUCUUACCCAGACUUCAAAUUAAUUUCAAAACUUCCCGGUGGAACUUUUAAAAACUUCCACCAGGUGGCGUAUAAUUCCACUGGCGACUUGUUAGUUUCACAGGGCGCAGGUCCAGACAAUUGGCUGACAAUAUGGAACUGGGAAGAAUCUUCCAUAAAACUGCGGACUAAUUCUUCAAAUUUAGCCGUAUUAAACAUAGUCUUCUCCUUAUUUUCCCCGUCAAACUUCGUAACUGCGGGAUCAGAGCACAUUUGUUUCUGGAAAAUGGCGGAAACCUUCACGGGGGAGAAGCUCCAGGGCACUGUGGGUAAAUUUGGAAACACCGAAGACAGCGACAUCAUCGGAGUCAUUUUUAUGCCUGAUGGUAAAGUAGUUUCUGGCUGCCAGUGGGGCAACAUCUUGCUCUGGUACGAAGGCGCCAUUUUGUUGGAGGUCAGGAGGAAGAAUGGAAAGCCUUGUCAUGAUAAUAUGAUCACUCAGUUUGAGUUCAAUCAUGGAGAAUUGAUGUCUGUUGAUAUAUUGAUGGGGUACAAAGAAUUUGUCCUGAGAUUAAAAGUUCCUGAAACUAGACCAGCUUAUACAAAGAUAAGCUUUGAAUUGGUGGAAUCUAAGCUAGAAACUUUUCAAAUUUUUGAUGAUAAAGAAGAUUCAAAUUUGGAAGAAUUGAAAGAUAUAAUCAAAAUUGAUUAUCUGGAUGAUGAAGUAUGGUUAACGAGUGGAGGAUUUGUUUAUGGAUUAAAACUUCCAGAAGAUAGAACUCCUGGGGAAGUAAAGAGUUUAAAAAUUGAAUGGAAAUUUUUUGUAGGAGAAAUUUCAAGCUGGCUUUUUAAUGAAAAAUGUUUAAUUCUUGGGCUAAAAACUGGAGCAAUAAAAGCUUGUAACCUCGCUGAUUUAUCAGACAACUGGAUUCUUCAAAUCCAUGAAAAUCCUAACGGUGAAAUAACAAAACUUGUUAUAAGCUACGACAAUAAUUAUUUAUUUUCUGCUGGUUGUGAUGGAAAUAUUUUUUCUUUCUUAACAAAAAACAAAACAAUUAAUUUUGACACUGCAACUAAGUUAAAAUCUAUCCAACUGGAUCCAGAAGAAUUGGAGCUGGAUCCAAGGAUUACUGAAGAUUUGGACAGAGAAUUGAAGGAAAAGCUGGAAGAUGUUUAUAGAAAGUCGGAGUUUGAUCUUGAAAAGAGUCGGCUGAGUUUGGAGAAGCUUUUGGACUUUUAUAUCCGGCCACUUACAUGCGUUCCUUUUGCAGUCUCCAGGAUUUUGAAACCUGGAGCUGCAGUUCAUUCAGUGAAGGAAAAGAUUCUAGGAGAUGAAUUUCAAAGAAUUUAUGAGGAAAUUCAAAUUAAUGAAAGAAUUGAAGAAGAGUCUCAUGAUGAAUUUGUGGAAGAAGAAGAAGAAGAAGAAGAAGAAGAAGAAGAAGAAGAAGAAAUAAAAGUAGAAGGAGUAGAAAGUUUUUUGAAAGGACUCAGUCCUGAAACGAUUCAAAAUAAAUUAGGAGCGCGGAUUAAUCAGAUGCUAAGGAAGUACCGGGAAAGGAAGGCAAGACUUGCUCAGAGAGCUCAAGAGGUGUGGAAAAUUAUGCACGCCAGUAAGCCAGAUCCUGAAGCUGACAAUGAAGAAGAUGUUAGGGCUGUUGAAGAAGCGAGAAGAACUAUAGGGGAUUAUAAACUUAAAAUUUCAAAUGAUUUUGAGUAUAACAAGGAUUUUAAAGAAAAGCGGUUUAACGACCGCCUUAGAGAGGUCCGUAACAAGAAAUUGAACCUGCAUAAAGAAGUAGCUGAAUUAAUUGACAAGUUAAAGUUCAUUCACUCUGAAAUUCCUGAAAAGCACAUCAAGCCUUUGCCAAAUUUGCUGGAAAUAAAUUACGACCUAGAAUUUCCUGAAAAGAAUUUGGAAAUGGAAAAAUACAAAUCACUUGCGGAAAAGUUCAAUGAGUCAAGGAACAAACAGUACAGUAAAUCUUCUUCAGAGUCUCCGGGACAGAUUAAUUUAGUCCCUAAAUUUUACGAUGAGGAGUAUGAAAUUUUAUUACUGGAUCAGAAAAUGAUUAACAGCCAAAUAAAUGAUCCAGAAAUGGACUCUCUUCGUGUAAGUGUUAAACUAGAAAUUCCAGAGGAUAAAAUUGAUGAAAUAAAUUCGGGAGAUCUUGAACAGACUCCGUGGGAACUAGAGAUGAAACUUGCUCGGGUUUCUAAGAAAAUUUACCAGCAAGAUUGUAUUAUUGGGUAUAUAGAGAAGAGCUAUAAGAAAAUUGAUGAAGAGUUGGACAAGUUGGAGAAAGAGCGCUUGGAGGUUCAGGCGGAUUCUAUCUACUCUGAGCUGCAUCAGUUGACGCUCCAGCAGGAGCUUAUUGUUCUGAGGGAGUUUGAGGGGAAAGAAAAUUUGAUGAUUAAGAAAGUUGAUGAUGGGAUUUAUCAACAAGAAAGUGUUGAAAGAAAGAUUCAGAAAUUAAAUAGUUCUAUUGAAGUUAAGAAAAAAGAAGUUUUGAAAAUAACGGAUAAGAUUAAAGAAUUGAAUAGACAAUUUGGGAGUAUGAUAAGUGAAAAUAAAUUUUCAGAAGCAAAAAGACAUGAGCUUGAAGCCCGGGUGAGAGAUGACCAGAAAAUCUUGGAAAAUUUUCGAAAACAACUAGAACAUGAGAAGAAAACUUUGAAAGUUAUUGAUAACAAUUUGAAUUUUAGUCAACGUGAGCUACAAGACUACUUGAAAGAGAAGCAGAAGAAAUUGAACGAAAUAGAUGUGACUGUAAUUUUAAAAUUACAUCAACUGCAACAUGUAAAAGGUGAUGAUUUGGAAAAAAUAAGGGACUGUGUUGUGUUUGAUAAGUCUAAAUUGUCGCAAUUGUAUACUCGAGUUGGAGAAUUGCAACAGGAGACUACCGACCAAAAAAUAAAACACAAAAAAAAUCGACAACACUUGCACAGAGUUGAAAUAGACUGCGACUAUAUGGAAAGUGAAAUAAAACGCUUGAAAGAUGAAAUAAAGCAGGAGAUGAUACAAAAAUUUGGAAAAGAAGUAUCACUGACUUCUUUGUACGAAGCGGUGCUAAGAAGAAUGAUUUAUGAUGUUAAAGCUGAUAUGAAAGAGAUGAUCAAGUCUUAUGACAAAGAAAUCAAAGGCGCAGAAGAGCAGUAUAAAGAACAAGUUAAGGUUUUAGAAGAUUUGAUAAAGGAAAACACGGAAAAAUUGGGUCUUAUGACGGCAUUGGAGCAGGAGCGAAGAAAAUUGAAGAGGAUUAUGAAGCACAAGCCGGAAAAUGAGGAAAAUAUUAAAAAAGUAGAAAAAGAGCAUCAGGAAGAGAUCAAAAGGCUGGAAAUUAUUUUGAGAAAUCAGCGACAGCAGAAAGAAUUGUUCCGCAAUGAAAUUAGAAAUUUAAGACUCAAAUCGCGACCUCUACCGCCGGUUUAUCGCAAAAGUACUAAAGUACUUAGUUUGGAUGAGGAUUUUAAAUUUGAAGAUAGUUUGAUGGAGAAUAUGGAAGUAUAA